AUGGCCAUGUGUGAGGCCGGGGUCUACGAUGCCAUCAAAGCUGCCCUUGAGACGAAGAAGAGCGACUUGACGGGCAAAGCUUGGCACUUGCUUCGCCAGCUCAAUGCCACAUUUCAUGAAAAAAAUGAUGUCCUUCACGCCAAAGCUCUGGAAGUGGUUCCCCUGGCCGUCCAGCUGCAGGCGGAUAGCACGCUGAUUAAGCUUAUGCUAGAUUGUCUUGCCAAGGCGCGCAAGGGGCAGCUGUUCUACGGCGCCUAUUGGCGCACCUCGGCUGCCCUUCAGUGUUUGGCCGCCCUCUCUGUUGCUGACAGCAACAAACCGAUGCUGUUGCACGCGGGAGCGGGUAAGGCUGCCAUUGAUAUUCUCAAGGCCAAGCACACUGCCCCGGACGCCAAGACCGAAGAGUACGCUGUUAUGCUUCUCGGUAACUUGGCCUUUGUCACUGACCUCCACAAGAUCUCAAAGAGCGUGGACAAGGCCAUGGCCAGCGCAGUGGAAGACGCCUCCGUGGUCGUGGUGGCACUCUCGGCCGAUUACAAGGACUCGGCAGCGUGUCGCACCGAGGGCGAGAUGCUCAAAGCUGAUGGCUUACGCAGAUACGCCUUUAACCUUCGCAAGCCCGUUGUGCCCCUCAAGACGGUGUCAGACUACCGCCCCGAUGGCUGGCUCGGUGCAAUUGUGGGCUCCAAACUCUAUUUUGAAGUUCAUGAGGAUGCCGACAAAGAAGCAAGCGUCGACUCCCUGGUCAAGGAGAUUAAACGACUCAUCAAAGCUAACAAGGACGUCGCCAGCAAGUCUGUUGAGGGGGACGACCGAGCUCAAAAGCUGCAACAGCAAUUGCUCGACGCCGAGAGCGAAAUCAAGCGGCUACGAGCGACCGCUCGCCAAGAGCCAACGGCGGUUGGUGUUGUCAAGGUCGAGGAUCCCAGCGUGACUUGCACGGGUGUUUUGUUUCAAGUGCCUGAUGAGGAGUUGCCCAGCUUUGAUGAGCGGGAAGUGGGCUACACGCGCACCCGCCUGGCUCCAGAGGCGGUUAAGGCUUGGACAGACUCAACCACAAGCAGCAAUGGGCCCGUCACGCUCAGUGUAGAUGAUGAAUAUUGGGUCUACUGCAUUAAUGACCCAAAGCCGGCGGAUGCCGAUUUUCCUAUUCCUCAAAGCUACAUCGAUGUCAUCCUGUCCGGCGCUCUCGAACACAUUCCCAAAGCCUUGGCCCAGCGCUAUGAGGCCAAGCAAGGGGCGUAG